AUGAGGCUCAAGAUCAGAACCUCUUUAUAUGUGCUGGGACGCAUUGUGACUCCAUCGAAGCCAUUCCCAAUUAAUGGUUUCCAUUCUGAUUCUCGACUUCUUCAUACCAGAAAUGACUCGAGAGCUUUAAAUUUGGAGCCUUUGAGAAUUUUCAAUUUUCAUUCUCGACUGCUUCAUACCAGAAUUGAUUCGAUAGCUUUAAAGCCUCUGAGAAUUCUCUUUUGCGGUUCUGAUGAAUUUAGUUGUGAAUCUCUUCGUGCUCUGGUGAAAGAACAACGAUCGGAUCCAGGAGGAAUAGCCUCUAUUGAUGUUCUCGUUCGACCAAGUAAAAGAUUCGGGAGAGGCUUGAGGGAAGUUCGUGAAGUACCGCUGAGACAAGUGGCUAAAGAGCUGGGUCUUCCCAUACAUGAAAGAGAUACAUUCACCGGAUGGGAUUUACCGAAAUCAGAUGGGCAAUCAAUCAACCUUAUCGUAGCAGUUUCGUUUGGUCUAUUUGUACCACCACGUAUCCUCAACAGUGCUGAAUAUGGUGGAAUUAAUGUUCAUCCUUCCCUCUUGCCACAAUAUCGAGGGUCUGCUCCACUUCAUCAUACUAUUAUGAACGGGGACACAAUUACUGGUGUCACACUCCAAACCUUGGAUCCACAUAAGUUCGAUCAUGGUGUAGUCCUCAGCCAAGUAGGCCUCCCUAUCCCACACCCAAAUAAAAUCCAUUUACAAGGGCUUUUGGAUUUUAUCACACCCAAAGCGGCGAAUUUGCUUGCAGAGGGCAUCAGAGAUCGAGUCUUCGUGCAGCCAGAAGCCAAUCAAGCGGUCAGACUUGCGCCGAAGAUCCGGCCUAUUGAUAAAUACAUCGACUGGGAGGCAGGAUUGUCUAUCAAAGUUGGGCAAAAAUACCGGGCACUUGGACGACUUUGGUGCUACACACGUACUUGGUGGUCUGGCAAGGAUAAAAAAAGAACGAUACUCGAAGAUUUCGAAGUUGUACCGUUACUAGAGAAUAAACGGAUCCCAAAACAAGAAUUAGAACGAGUGUACCAGGUUUUCCCCAAGUGGGAGUACUUUUGUACUCUUGUGUAUGAGGAUCCCACUCAUCCAGGAGCUAUUAUCAUACCAACCAUCGAACCAGGAUUGGGGCUUCGAGUUAUACACAUCCUCGUUGAAGGUCAGGUGGCGGGUUCAGCCAUCGAUGCUGUGCAUAAAUUAUCGGCUUUCACCGGCGACCCAAAUCAUGACAAAACUAUGCUCAUGACUGUGGCGUUGACGGAUAUAUCGGAGGAUGGCUCUAAACCAGUUUUGCGCCAGGGCAAAGGCGUUGAGUAUACGACGAGGCACCUGAAUAUCAACCGGGCGCACCUUAUUGAUCCUAGUCCUAAGGAAUGA